AGGAAAUUCACGAACAGAUCCAUUAAAAGAAGACUUUUGGGAUAAGAACGUUAUUAUUAGAGAUGAAUUUCACAGAAGCGAUGAACGUUGUGCACAACAGAAUCCAACAACUGGAACCUGAAAAUGCUACGAGAAUCAUUGGUUAUCUUUUGUUGAUGCAAGACCAUGGUGACCGCGACAUGAUCCGUCUCGCCUUCUGUCCUGAUUCUGUGAUGCGUUCCAUGAUCAACUUCGUUAAAUACGAGCUAGCUAAAGAUCCUCGUUACCACCACAGCCCUCCUUCUGAUCACAUUCCUACUCAUAGUUUCGGAUCUUUCCAGCCUCCCUUGGUAUCGGUUUCUCCUCCUUUGAGAACCAGUUUCUGGGAGAAUUCAACAGAGGCUGUUGACUCGAAUGUCCAGUUCUUGAAUUUUGAGGAUUCAAUGACAAGCCCUGAGUUCUCUAAUGGUUUCUUCACUCGGGAUCAUCAGUCUCUGCCUUUGAGAACCAGCAGGAGAUCACCGAGUUUACCCGAGUUUCCGGUAAAAAUAUGUCAUUACUUCAUCAGAGGUUACUGCAAACAUGGCAGCAAUUGUCGGUACUUCCACGGGCAGAUCAUACCAGAGAGAGAGAGUUUCUCUCAGAUGUUUAAUGCAAACAGCAUAAGUGAUGAAGAGCAGCACGUUGUUUCUCCUGGAUCACUAGAGAAGCUUGAAGGAGAGAUCAUUCAACUGCUUAAAUCAAGAAGUGGCGGUCCAAUUUCCAUAGCUUCAUUGCCAAUGAUGUACCUCGAAAAAUACGGUAGGACCCUUCAAGCUGAAGGAUAUCUCACAGAGUCACAAAGACAUGGCAAAGCUGGCUAUAGCCUCACCAAGCUUCUUGCUCGCUUGAAGAACACCAUCCGUCUCAUCGACAGGCCUCAUGGGCAGCAUUCGGUUAUAUUAGCAGAAGACGUAUCAAAGUUUGUGGAAUACUUGGAAGAGAGCAACGAACAUGGAGCGAUCCUUGCUGGUUCAAAACAGAUUUACUUGACAUUUCCAGCAGAGAGUAGUUUUACUGAACAUGAUGUCUCAAACUACUUCUCCAAAUUUGGGCUUGUGGAAGAUGUGAGGAUUCCUUGUCAACAGAAGAGAAUGUUUGGAUUUGUAACAUUUGUUUACACUGAAACUGUGAAACUCAUUCUUGCGAAAGGCAAUCCUCAUUUCAUUUGUGGGGCUCGUGUUCUCGUUAAGCCUUACCGGGAAAAAUCACGCUCUAGUCGAUAUCUUGACAAUAACAAGCCUCUUCACGGGAUGCGGUAUGGCUCCCAAUACAUCGACAGAGACAUGGAGAUGAACACAUUGCCAGCGCGUGUAAGUGAGAGCUCAAGACUAAUGAGAAAGCAGUUUCUUGAGGAACAUGAGCAAUCGAUUUCAAAGUCAUUACCUACUAAUUACUCCUAUCUUGGCUUCUCCGAUGACUUUAAACUAACAGCAGAUGCGGAGCAAGAGGAACAAGCGGGACGGUUGAGCUAUCUGCUAGAGUAUUUGAACACCGAAGAUAAUGUCUUGAACAUAACCACUAACUACAAAGACACGGAUCGGUAG